AUGGCUUCUUCAGGAAUUAACAACUGUCGUGAUUUAAUUCCUUAUGUCCCAAUCAAUUUCGCUAAAAUCAUGGAUGAUGGGAAACAAAAAGCUCAUGAUAUCUCAAAAUGGGUGUUAGUACCGUCUGGAGAAUCAAGUCAUCCACUGGAGGAUGUUGCGAUAACAACACACGCAUCAACUUCUACACCACAGCCACAGGAACCACAAGAGCCUAAUUCUCUCCUUCUGAUAUCUCAAGCGAUUGAGCAAACAAUAUUGAAUGAGCCAGUAACUCCUCAGCAACUCACUACGAGGAAGAGAAGGUUGGUUAAUGCUCAAGUCUUAGGCUACACUCCUGUUAGCUUCAUAAUUCUACCUUCAGAAAGCGAAGCUAACACUUAUACAGUAAAAUUGAAUAAGACGGGAGAACAACCAAACGAUCCAUUUGGACUCAAUAGCAAAUACAAUGACAUACUGCUUGGAUGGACUGCUGAAACAAGACAACGUCCAAAUGGACAUUGCGAUACGUUUUACUACCAUGAGAAAAGAAAUGCCGAAUGCCGGUCUGUGGCGGAUGUAAGAAGGUUCAUAUUCAAGGGUUUCGAGAAACUGAAGGUAGAAGUAGAUCCAGAAACCAAUGAAGUAAAAGAGUUUAGGGUUGAGCAACACACCAAGAAAAGAAAAGCACAAUCUUCAAGCUCAGAGAAAGAACCUGCAGCAAAGAAACAAAAGGGCAGUAGUAGUGAACUGCUUGUUGGAAAUAAAGCGAUGGUGACCGAAAAGCCUGGUGCGAUUGCAUACAACAACCUCAUGAACUCGGAUAAUCAAAACAAAGAAGAGAAUGUAGCAACCGAGUUUGUGGUCGGAGAGGCUUCAGAAACAGCCUCCAACAAAAGAAAGUUAGAAUCUUCAAACUCGGAGAGCAGUGAGUCUGCAGUGAAAAUUCAAAAGAGCAGUGCUGAAGAAGCUAUAAUAGAAAGCAAAUCCACACCAGAGAAACCAGAUAAAAAUAGAAUUUUUUUAGUUAUGGCAUACAACAAUCUUCGUAACCUAGGUAAUCGCCACAACAAUGCGGAUAAAUCCAAGAAGGUUCAUUCAAAGGGGUCAACUAGUAAAAAACCUUCGAAUCGUAAGAGAUUUUAUAAGCCAUCGUCUUCCAAUCUCCCCGUGGAUCCAAUCCCCGCGCCAUUAUUGUUUCAAAAUGGAGAAAUUGGAAGCUCUAAGAAGUUGUAUGCCGUUGAAGUUGUUCCCCAGAAGGAAGCUCAAGUGAGUAAAAGUCCAAGUCCUUCGAAACUUGAGAAAUUCGACAAGGCUUCUUCCUCUAAUAUUUCCAUUGAUGCUCUCAACAUGCCACCAUUAUUUCAAGAAGAGAAGAGUGAAAGCUUUGCUGCAGACUUGGAUUGCUAUGAAAUUUUUCCCCAGAAAGAAGCAGACAAAGAAAAUGAGGGCAUCAAGAUUGUGCAAGGGAAUACAGAUGGGUGGAAAGAAGAUAUCCACAUAGUGGCUUUGCGCUCGGCAAAAAAUAAGGAGUUGCACAUUGAAGUGACUAAAAGUCCAAGUCCUUUGAAACUUGAGAAAUUCGACAAGGCUUCUUCCUCUAAUGUUUCCAUUGAUGCUCUCAACAUGCCACCAUUAUUUCAAGAAGAGAAGAGUAAAAACUUUGCUGCAAACUUGGAUUGCUAUGAAGUUUUUCCCCAGAAGGAAGCAGACAUAGAAAAUGAGGGGGCCAAGAUCGUGCAAGGUAAUACAAAUGGCAAAGAGGUUUCUGCAUUUGAAGAGAAACGUGACGACGAAGUGGUUGUAGGCUUGGCAAAAAAUGAAGAGUUGCCCACUCAAUUCCCAUAUACUGAAGGGAAUUUCGGAAUGUCUGCAAAUUUUGAUCCCAAUGAAGCUGUUCAUGACAAGAAAGUAGACAAAGAAGAAGAGGGGAGCAAAGCUAUUCAUGAGAAUGCUGAUGAAGAAAAAGGCGAAGAAGAAAUGAUCGUUAGCCUGGCUAAAACUGAUGCGGUGGCUGCUGAGUUUUCUCUAUUUGAAGGGAAUUUUGGAAUUUCUGCAAAUUGUGAUCCCAUUGAAGCUGCUCAAGACAAGAAAGUAGACAAAGAAGAAGAGGUGAGCAAAGCUAUUCAUGAUGAGAAUGCUGGUGAAGAAAACAAUUAUGUAGUAGAAGAAAAGGGUGAAGAAGAAAUGUUCGUUAGCCUGGCUAAAACUGAUGCGGUGGCCACUGCGUUUUCUCUAUACGAAGGGAAUUUUGGAAUGUCUGUAAAUUUUGGUCGCAUUGAAGCUGCUCAUGACAAGAAAGUAGACAAAGAAGAAGAGGGGAGCAAACCUAUUCAUGAGAAUGCUGAUCAAGCAAACAAUUAUGUAGUAGAAGAAAAAGGUGAAGUAGAAAUGAUUGUUAACCAGGCCAAAGCUGAUGAGAUUGCCGCUGAGUUUUCUCUAUAUGGAGGGAAUUUUGGAAUGUCUGUAAAUUUUGAUCCCGUUGAAGCUGCUCAUGACAAGAAGGUAGAAAAAGAAGACGAGGGAAGCAAAGCUAUUCAUGAGAAUGCUGAUCAAGCAAACAACUAUGUAGUAGAAGAAAAAGGUGAAGUAGAAAUGAUCGUUAACCAGGCCAGAGCUGAUGAGAUUGCCGCUGAGUUUUCUCUAUAUGGAGGAAAUCACAACCAGGUCAUGUGGGGUUCACGCACAUUAUUUGAACUUGGAGGAAAUAGUGGAAGCAUUGGAAACUUUGGUAUGCAUGAAGUUGUUCCUCAAAAGGAAAUGGACAAAGCAAAAGAAGGGGCCAAAACUGUGAAUGAAGCUACAGAUGGAAACAAGGGUCUAAUUCCUAUUGAAGAGAAUGGUUCUAAAGAAGAAAGAAAAGUUGAAGAAGAUGUUGCUCAAACCUUGGUCAACAUUGAUAAGUUCGACAUUUUCUCACACCAUGAAGUUAGCUUUCUUGAUGACCAACACGUCAAGGGAUUUUACGAUCCAAACGCCUUUCUACUCGGUCAGAUUGAGCAUAAUGACUUUGGGAUUGAGAAUCAUGAGUUGCUUUUCAAUCACGGUUUCAAGCAUCUUUGAUCAUUUUGGAACACCAUUAUGUCGUUGUUUUAAGUGUUCGUUGCUGUGAUAACAUUUAUGUUGUUUUCCUUUUUAA